AUGGAGGCGGCGAUCGGAGUGAUUGGGCUCUCGUUGCAGCUCGUCGAUUCCGCCAUCAAAGUCAAGAGACUCAUCGCGGCUUACCGGUCUGCCUCGGCGGAGAUCAACCGGCUGGCGCUCAAAAUUGAAAGGGUCGAGGUCAUAUGCGGUGCGAUCAAGAAGAGUCUCGAGGGAGACGCUUCGUCGCGGCAAUGCUCUGAUCUCAUCAAGACUUGGGGCGUCUGUGUUCUCAAGAGCAUCCAGUCGACACUUGCCGAGAUUCAUGUCAUCAUUACGAAGCUGGAAAGAAAGGGUGGGAAGAGGCGCCCAUUCAACACCGUGGGAUUCACAUUUUUGGAAUGCAAAGAUGAUGUACUGCGGUUGAGCAAGUGGCUGGACGAUGACCUGAACUACUUGCAGCAUAUGAUGACCGCAGAAAUAUUCUCCAGGUGCAAUGUCGUCCAGCAACUGACAGUUCACCACACGGGCGAUUCGUCCCUGUCUCCAGCAAAAGACCGUAUCUCGCCUGAUCUCGAACGAGAUCACAAUACCGAAAUGCCUUCUGAACCAAGACUUACAAGGAUUGUGAGAAGAGGCCAUCAAAAGAUGGUCAAAGCACUCGGCUUCCAGUACCAAUCCCAGACCACGACGAUUCUCAAGAAGUCUCGCUCUCUCGGCACACAGGAGGUGUCGAAUAUUGGUGAGGUCAAGACUUAUGCUUUCGGGCACAGCAGCCUUUCCUACAGAAUCGAACUCCAUUGGGAGAUGACCACCUUAAGCCCAAUGGUCUACGCUCUUUCUGUCCGUCACGUCCUCUCUAGAGAUCAAGACGAAGAGCUGAUUGAGGAGAUGUUGGACAUCAUGCGCGACGGAGACGUGUCAGCUCUGCAAGACCUACUUUCAGCCAAAAUAAUCAAUCUUGGCACCAUGCUAGGGAAUAAGACGCUAUUUGAGUCAGCAGUCCAUUCUCACCAGCCACCGAUUUGCCGCUUUCUAGCUCAACAGAAUCUCGAUCUAUGUAUAGAUGAGAAGUAA